GAAACUUAAACUUUGCACUGCCCUGCAGGAGCCAUGGCAGCACAGAACCCUAUAGGAAACCUCCAGGAUGAAGCUACCUGCCCCAUCUGCCUGGAGUAUUUUACUCAACCUGUCACUCUGGAGUGUGGGCAUAACUUCUGCCGAGACUGCAUCACCCAGUGCUGGAAUAGAUUACAGCCCAACUGCUUCUGCCCCCAGUGCAGGCAAGAUGUGCAGCAGAGAAACCUCAGGCCCAACAGGCAGCUGGAGAACGUCUUAAAGAUAGCCAAACAGUUGACUGUGCAGGCAGUUAAAGGGGCAGGAGGGAAGGAGGUGUGCCAGGAACAUCAGGAACCUCUGAAACUGUUCUGUGAGGAGGAUCAAACCCCCAUCUGCGUGGUGUGUGACAGAUCCCGGAGUCACCGAGCUCAUGCUGUGGUUCCCAUUGAGGAGGCUGCCAAGGAGUACAAGGACAAAAUUCAGACCCACCUGAAGACUCUGAAGCAAGACCAAGAAAAACUCAAGAAAUGUAAACUGACUGGAGAGAAGAGUAUCGGGGAGUAUCUGAGAAAGACAGAAGCUGAGCAGAAGAUGAUUAUAUCUCAGUUUCAGCAACUGCACCAGUUCCUGCAGGAAAAAGAGCAACUCCUGCUGGCCCAACUGAGAGAGCUGAAUAAGGAGAUUGUGACGCUACAGAAUAAAAACAUCACCAAACUAGCCCAGAGGAUUUCCCAACUCCAUGACCUGAUUCGUGAGACGGAGGGGAAAUGCCAGCAGCCAGUGAGUGAGUUUCUGCAGGGUGUCCGAAGUACGUUGAACAGGUGUGAAAAGGGGAAGUUCCAGCACAUGGUGGAGAUUCCUUCUGAGCUUGAAAAAAGACUUAAGGAUUUCUCCCAGAAAAAUGUUAUCCUAACAGAGACUUUGAGAAAGUUCAAAGAUACUCUGCACUCUGAAUUGGAGAUAAAAAACCAUAGAGUACUUGGACUACAAAGGCAUGGCAGUCUGCCACCUGGCCUGGGGAAGAGAAGGAGGAGACCUCCACAACCAUACACAAAGGCAAAUGUGACCCUGGAUCCAGACACAGCUUAUCCCAAACUCAUUGUGUCCAUAAACCGGAAAAGUGUGAAACACCAGGAGGAGAAACAGACUUUGCCUGACAAUCCUCAAAGAUUUGAUACUGUUCCCUGUGUGCUGGGCCGUGAGGGAUUCACCUCAGGAAGGCAUUGGUGGGAGGUAGAGGUGGUUGAAGGGAGAUACUGGGCAGUGGGGGUGGCUAGGGCGUCUGUAAGAAGGAAGGGAGGGAUCAACCUUAGCACUGACAAGGGGAUCUGGGCUAUGGAAUGUAUCGGGACUAUGGAAUAUAUUGUAGCUCGCACUUCCCCAUGGACCCGCCUUUCCCUGAACAGGAACCUCAGGACGAUCCGGAUCUCCCUGGACUAUGAUUCGGGGCAGGUGGCAUUUUUUGAUGUUGAGAACAACAGGCGCAUCUUUACUUUCCCACCAGCCUCUUUCACCGGUGAGAGAGUCCAUCCUUGGCUCCUGGUUGGAGGAUCCCACCUCAGACUGUGUCUCUGAGACAUGGUGGGAAAUAUCCCACAGAUAUCUUUAAUAUGGGCUUCCUUAGCUCUGGUCCCCAUGGCCUAUUUAAUAGUUUGAGGGCUCCCAUUAUUGCUAGUUUCCUUGCUUCUAUCUCCAGAAACUAUAUAAUAUAAUAGAGGGGCAACACGUAAGGGGUACAGGUGGGUGCACGUGCACCCCCUGAGUGUGGCAGUGCACCCCCUACAAAAAGCCGCUAGCUGCUUGCCACCCCACUGCUGACACCACCGGCGGUGUCUGCGAGCGGUCUGCGAUCCCCGCUGGCCGCCACCAACACUACCGGUGGCUUCUGCAGGUGGUCGCCAACCCCUGGUCGGUGCUCACCACCACCGACAGUGCCAAUGCCGUCUGCAGGAGCUCCCCACUUACCGCUGCCUCACUCCCAAAGCCACCACUAU